UGGUCGGGAGGAGCCCCGCCCAGCAGCGCUGGGCAUUGGUGGCCAUGAACGGGAGGAUCGCCAAGGAGCUGCAGGAGGUGCGGCAGUGGGGCGGGGCCUGCGGCGUGCGGCCAAUCGGCGGCGACGCGCGGCGGUGGGAGGGGCUUCUGCUGCCCAACAACCCCCCGUACAACGCGGGCGCCUUCCGCUUCGAGCUGAGCUUCUCCCCCAACCACCCGCUGGUGCCCCCCCGCGCCACGCUCCGCACCAGCAUCUACCACCCCGGCGUGGACCCCUCCGGCAUCGUCUGCCAGCCCCUCACCUCCACCCAGCACUGGGUGCCCACCACCCGCGCCCUCCAAGUGCUGCAGGACCUGCUGGUGCUGCUUGACAACCCGGACCCCCAGCGCGUGCUGCGCCCGGAUCUGGCCCGUGAGCUCCAGCACCAGCCCGAGGUUUUCCAGUGCCGGGCACAGGAACACACCUGCCGCCACGCCGAGCCACGCCCGGACCCCCACACACAGCCUUGAGCCCCCCAUACCUGGGGGGGGCACCCUGACAUGGCCCCCACCUGGGUGCUGGGGCCCAGGCGCCCAGUCUGGCACCUUACAGGGGCCACCCCACCCCGUACUUAAGUUAAUAAAUUUAUUCCCGCUCCUG